AUGAGGGAUGUAAAAGGAUAUUUGAGUAGAAAACAGAGCGAAGGGGGACCUUUAGCAUCGGAUUGGGUUUCUCUAGGAGAGUUAUACGAAAAAAGGUGAGGUUUGUUUCUGACAGUUUGAUGAACUGAGCUGAUACACUGGGAUUGCUUAGUCAUGUCUUGUUAAGGUCUAUGUCUAGUAAUCGAGUCACAGAACACGUUUUUGGGUUUGAAAAAAACGUAACUACACAGAUCUAAAUUAUUUUUGUAAGUUGUGUUAAUAGCCUGUUUGGUAGGAGUUAUCGAGCAGGCCGCUUGCAAUGUACAUUUGCCACACUGUGACUCGUUGAGCUUUUGAUAAUAAUAGUAAGCUUACUCUGAACUGGACGCAUGUAAACUGGCCUCGGGCCUCCUUAUGAAAAAAAUUUCAAAUGAGAAAACUUCACGUAAAAAAUCUUGGCCUUCAAAGGCCACGUAUAUCGAAAUAGCAACAGUCUAUAUGUAUAAACAUAUGAAGGUCGGUGCACACUAGGCGACAAUUUACAGCAACAAGCUGCCGCGACAGAUCACUCCGUGUGUACAGGUCGCCCAAGCAAAAAGGUUAUAUGUAUGUUUAUAACUCUUUGUACAUGGAAAAGGUGUUUUUCUUACAUUUAGUUGAGCCAAUACUUGCAGCUUGUGUUAAUUAAUUAAUUGAAUUGUGUACCUUUUUUCUUAGUAUUAUAUACAAGUCAUAUUUGGGGAUUUUUCUCUUUAUAUUUUCAAUUAGCUUUGUAUUUUUAUCAACUUUUUUAAAUAUCAAUAUGCAGCAUUGAUCCUAGUUAACUUGUUUUAGAUUCUUAGCCUUCUUAAUACUUAGUCUCGGGCUUGGUAGACUUUGUAACUACACCCUGUGUAUUUGACGAUGAAUAAAUAAUCUUAUAUUAUCUUAUCUUUACUGAAAGGUCCUACAAUAUUCAGCUGUAACAGAGGCUCAUGACCAAUUAUAGGAAAAAUAAGUUUAAAAACAUGCAGUCAAAUUAUUCUCAGAGUGGACCAGGGUGGCCCAGCGUUUUCUGUAGGUGCUCUCCUCAGGGAGCAGACCUUAGUGUCCACAUUAUAGAGAUGUCCCUAUAGUAGUGGUACAGUUGAAGGAAUUGUAGAAAUUAAUUGGUGUCUUUGAGACAAGAUGAACUGUACAAUAUUAAAAGUGCCUGUAUUACUAUUGAUAUAAAUUUCUGUCUGUAAAGAUGUCUGUAGAUUUGAUCUCUUGACAGAUAUGCCAAAGUACACUUACAUAUAUGGAAUACCGUGAAAUUCUGAAAAUAAGCCACUCCAUGUAUGAAUUGCUCUAAAUAUAGGCCCCCCAAACUCAUAACGCAAAAAAACGUCUGAUAAAUUGCCCCUCCAAAUACAAGCCCCCCGGGACUCGGAAAUUGUCCUCAAAUUCAAAAUAAAACAAAGCAAAAACUGUACAGUAACACAUAAAUUUUUGCAUUUGCCAUAUUCUUAGUCCAUAUAGACAAAGUACUUGCAUGGCUGAGUUUUAGAAAGAUCUACAUCUUCAAGGCGAGUUUCAGUAAAAACUUGCUGCAAAUUACUGACAUAAAUUUCCUUCCAACUGUAAGCCUUGAGGCAUAUUUCGCUCCCAGUACAGCUGUAUAAGCCUAGCCGAUUUUGAAGUGCAAAUUUCCCUCCGUAUAUAAGCCCCUCCGAAUAUAAGCUCCUCCAAAAAUAAGCCCCUCAAAAAGGGCCUUUGAAAAAUAUAAGCCCCAGGGCUUAUUUUUGGAGUUUUACAGUAUUCACACUUCCUUUAAACAUAGGACCCUCUACCUGUUUUUUUUUAAUCCUAUUGUAUGAAAGUCUGUAAAAUAAUAUCUUUCAGGUUGUGGCAUCAACUAACUCUCAAACUUACUGAGUUUGUUAAGAAUGACUACUUUGCUCAAAAUGGAGGGCUUGUUGAGGUAACUGUCAAGAAAACAUACAGCUGUGAAAAAUGUUGUGAACAAAUGUGGCUGUUUCAGUUGGAAAUUGAGGGAAUUAUUUUACACUUGUAUUAAGCACUUGUGCAAUCCAUUGACUUGUACACUUUUUGCCAUAAAAUGACAUGUACAUGUUCAUAUCUGAUAUCAGGCUACUUCAUAAUUAAAAAAAAAAACAGAAAAAUUUCCUAAUUUGAUCACAUCACUAAGCUAAGUUUUAACUUAAAAGUGCAAUUUCUUUUCUUCCCAAAUGUUUUUCACUGCAAUGUGCCUAGAAGAUAAAUACAAUUUAAAGGGUUUCCUUGAAAUUAACGUACAAUGUAUAUGUUGUAGUUAAUUCUUUAUCUCACAUAGUUUUUAUUUUUUCUUUUGUUUAAACUUCAUUAGCAUACAUUACCAUACUCAAAAACAAAAAAAAUAAGAUAAAAGAUAAAAUUUAACUACAACAUAUACAUGAUUGUUUUUUAAGAGGUCUUCACUUACGUAUAAGUUCUAGUAUGCAAAGAAAGUACAUCUAGUGUCAGAUACACGUAACCUGGGGUUAGUGGAUUUUGCUGUCGGGCUGGUGAAUGCUGUUGUUACAUGUAACUCCCCCAAUGGGCAAGUGCAGUUUUUUGGGGAAUUCAAAUUACAGAAGAACUGUAAUCAAUAAUUUAUUCUUUUUGAAUCAAAGAUUUUGUUUUGGGCUAGUCUAAAUGACUUUUGGGAGCUACAGCUUGCCUGAAUGACAAGCUGUACAUGUACAGGUACUCCACCCUGAGUUCAAAAUACUUUGUCCUCUUUAUUCACCUGAGUAACAAGUGAAUUAAAAGUUAUGUGGACUUGUUGUAGAUUUUGUGAAAUUGUAUUAAAUGAUUUAGAUUACAGUGCACUACAUCACCUAUCUUUACUUGGGUGUAAAAGUACAUUAUCCCUCUUUUUUGUAGAUGUUUGAAAAUUUCAUCGCAGACUUUGAACACAGGUAACUUUAACUAAAUUUACUGUACAUGUAUAUGGCAAGUACAUGAAGGUCUUUUUUUUUUUAGCUCAUACAUGUAUGUACAAAUGAUUAUAUAGAAGAAAGUUCUUUGUUGGGUUUCAUGCUUACAACACUACAGCUUAGAUUUUCCCUGUGGUCAAUCUAAACACUUUCUUUUUGUAAUAUUUUCUUAUUGCAGAAUAAACAUGCUCUCCCUCAUGGAAAUUGUGUUGUACGUCAUAAAGGAAAUCAAAGGUAGUUAACAAAGUUAUCAUACAUAUUUGUAUAAAAUAAUUUUACUGGUCAAAUUUGAUUUCAAGUUAAAUUUUUUAAACUUAGGUUGACUCUCAAUUUCCAUUGUCUCUUAUGGCUAGAAGACAAAGGAAACUGAGAGUCAACCUAGGUUAAAUCAAAAUUAACCUGGAGUUAAAUUUCAACUGUAUCAUAAAUCUAAAUCACUAUUUGCUAACUGCAUAAACAGAGUUGAUAGAAAUACUUGUAGUAUUUGUAAUGAACCUUCCGUUGCAAUUUUAAUUUACAGUGUAAACAAAUGUAUGUUUAUUUCUAGAACCAGAAACUGCUCUUGAGUUCCUGGAGAGAGAAAAAGAGAAGGUUUGCACUUGUAUUGCCUAUUUUUUAAGCAUAAGUUAAAGUUAAUGUAAUUUCCCUUGGCUACAAGUCUGCGACUUACAUUGCAAAGUGUAUUUAUGUCGUGGUUCAAUUUUAUCCUUGGUUUAAAAUUUAUAAAUUUUUCUAUUGUUUCAAACUCAUUACCCUACUUUUGUAUAUUACCAUACUCAUAAACAAAAGAAAAUAAAAUUUAAAUCAAAGGUGAAAUUGAACCACAACAUAUAUAGUUGUGGCAGGCUGGUCAAAAUUACACUGUAAAUUCAGGUUAAAAUUUUUUAACCUACAUAAUGUAUGUAGAUUGAUUCUCAAAUUCCUUUGUCUCCUUGAGAUUGGACACACUCCCUUUGACUCACUAAGCAGCCAUCCAUCCAAUUAUGUACGUUUAUGUGCAGUGUAAACUUUACUUAAAUCACCAAAAGAAUUUUUCUGACAUUGUGCUUUUCUUACAGAUAAAAAAUGAUGUAGAGGCUGAAGUGCUUUGCAUGACAGCCAUUGGUAAUAUCAAACUCCAACAAGGGAACAUGGAAGAAACAAAGGUACAUGUACAUACAGUACAUUAUACUUUAUACAUUUAAUUUUUGGUUUUGAUACUUGUGAAUAAAUUAAUAGUCUACAUGUAAGUCAUAAUAAAAUAAUAUUACAUGUUUGCAUCGUAACUUUUUGUUAAGUUUUCUCAAAGCAUCUAAUUAUUUUGUACGCUGUGUGGCUCCCUAGGAAAUGUAAUUAACUCUCAGGUUUCUUCAUGUACUUCAUAAAUAACUUCAUAGCAGUUUUAUUGCUGUAUACAACCAUUGUUCUUGGUUAUUUUUAUUUUUUUUAUUUUUUUUUUUCGUAAGUGAAGUUAAUGAAACUCAGAAAACUCAAGUUAGUUCAUCUAAGGUUAUCACCAAAAGAAAUGAUAUUUUGUGGUACUGGUACAAUGUAGCUCAUACACUGUAAAUGUUUUGUGGGUGUGUGUAGUCCUGUUCAAAACCACGUUCUUAACAAAUAAGACGACUUGGAUCAAAUCAGUCUACUUCAUCUCCUAUUAAAACUUAACACAACUUUGUCUUUCUCACUUUUGCAUGAACACACAAAGCUAAUCUUAAUUACACAUUGCAAACAUGAGCAUACAUGUACAUGUACACUCUACAAUGUCAAAGUAUCUGUACUAAUCCUGAAUCCAUCCUCUCUUGUUACAUGUACAACCUAACACUCUUUUGUUUGUAGACAAUAGUGGAGCAAGCCAGAGCUGUACUAGAAACCAUUGAUGGAGUAACUACAGUCCAUGGCAGGUUUUAUGAACUGUGCAGUAACUAUCACAAAGUAAGUACAUUGAUGGGUUAAUGCUUAUUGUUUAUACAGAGUAGUUAUCUGGUCUUUUUUACUGCCAGUACUUCAACUGUCGUAUGUUUUGGGGUUCAUUUUUUGUUGUUGUUUUAAAUGUUUCAAACAGGUUUAAUUUUAUUUCUUAUUCUUAGAUUUUGGCAAAUGAGUUAAGUUUGUGGCUCACAUUGUGUAGAAUACAGGUGAUAUCAGGACAUGCUGUCAACUAAAAGUGAAAUGUCAGAUUACAAAUCCUUGUGCCAUGGCAAUAAAUUUAUUACUGUGAUUUUUCAAAAACUUUAACUCAUAAUUUCAAAAGCCAUUAGGCAUUAUGAAAUUUGAAACAAUCAUAAAAUGUCAUGGUCACAAGGUAUUUAUGCCAAAUAUCACAGAAAUCAUGCUAAAAUUUGAUUAUACUAAUACACCAAUCAAGGGUUGUAAACCAUGACCUUUUCAACCCAUUAAAAUAAAGUUUUGUUUCUAAAGAGAAUCAAAUUGCAGAAAUUUCUCAUGCAGUAGUAUAAAGUGUGAAAUGUCAGAUUACAAAUCCUUGUACCAUGGCCAAUUCACUUUAUUAAUGCAGUUUUAAAAUCCGUACUGCUCCAUAAUUUCAUUAGAAACUGACCCAUGUACAUUGUGCCCUUUAUCUUUUGUUAGAUUACUGGCUCAUAUAAUGACUACUACAGAGAUGCUCUUAGGUUCCUGGGCUGUGUAGAUAUAAAGACCAUGCCAGGUUAGUUGUACAACAUGACUUGUUAGUUUACUUUAAUGUGAACAGUCAUUAAGUGGUAGGUGGAUUUUGCAGUUAAGUAAAGGAAACUGAGUUUAAUAGUCUACAGUGUACGUGUAGUUCCAGGAAGGGUCGUUAAUAUAGAGGGCAAACAGAAAUGAAUUUGAUUUACUCAGAUCUCUAACUCUAAUCAAUAAACUUCACGGUCAUUCAAUGUUUGGCAGCCAUUCUGCAUUCUGCAAAGAACUCCUUCCAGGGGUUAAGGGGGGAAGGGGGUGUACUUGUCCAUUUGAAAAAGCUGACAAAUUAAAAGGGCCAUACAUGUAGAGUGUUCACGUGGAAAUGUAUCUUGAUAAGCAACUAAUUAAAUGAAAAGCUUAGGGCACUGCAUGGUGUCAAUCUUAACCAGUUGUGUCUGGCUAAAUGUGCAGACAUAAAAAAAUGAAUAGACUGCACAAAACAGUAAGGGGGUAAACUUGUUACAUGUAUAAUGUUAAGACCCGCAAGUUUCAAAACCAUUUUUUGUAGUUGGAUUUGUUAAAUAAAAUUCAUUGUAGAGAAGUAUGAUUAUGUCUAACUUUGGGGUUUUGUCCUAUUAAUACAUAAUACUAUAUGAAAAAUCUACAGUAAACAUUCAAAUGAUAUUUUUUUUAUGACUAUUGACCUACAUGAUAAGGUCACUAGAAGGUUACUGAAGGUUACUCACUCAGAGCAGUAGCACAGGCCUACCAAUGCCCUUUUUUGUUACCAUUUACGGUAGUCAGCAAAAUGCUGCUUGCCUGUCUGACAAAGUAUGCUAUCCUUACAGGUUGUUUCACUAACCCCAGGCUAUUAAACAAUCCUUUUGUCUCCCCCUUUACAUUGCCUUACAUUACAAUGUUUGUACAGGAGUUGGUUAUGCCUGAAUAUGAAACUUGUAACACAUUCAUUGUAUUGUUUUGUACGUGAACUCCCUUGACAUACAGUAGGAGGUUGUUGUGGUUUUCAUUGUAAAGAUGAGUAAUGAAAAAUGACUGUUUAUUGUAGCUUUUCUGGUUUAUUUAUCAGUUGCUGAAAAAGUUGAUAAAGCCCUUCACCUAUCACUGGCAGCUUUACUAGGGAAUGACAUUUAUAACUUUGGAGAGCUGGUAGGUUGCACCAUGAACAUGCAUGCACUGACGCUGUAGCGAUAAUAGCUUUUACUACUCUAUGUGUACUGUCUUGUACAUUUUAUAAUGGUUAGAAAACUAUUAUGCAAGUAAAUACAUUAAAAAAAACGUCCAUGUUCAAUAAGUAUCAUUUGUUUGUUUCUCAGUUAGCACAUCCUGUCCUGGAGUCCCUCAAAGGAACACCACAUGGGUGGCUAAUUGAAUUACUCUAUGCUUUCAACAGUGGUAUGUUUUACCCAUUUAAUACAAUGUAUAGCAGUAGCUCGUAUAUGUACACUGUAUUUCAAAUAGUUUGCACAAUGCAGCUCUUCAGCUGUCCUCAUGACAGCUUGGCAAUAACAAUAAUUAUUGAAAAUAUUUCAGCUUAAUAAAUGUACAUACCUACUAAACUGCACUGAUAUAAUCAUGAAUCACUGCUAGGUCUUAAAUAUUUUGUACCUGUACUUAUUUGGGUUAAUUUUUUCUUUGGUUUAAAUUUUAUUUUGCUUUGUUUAUUGAUUUAGUAAUGUUGAGUAUUUGAUGGUGCAUAAUUUGCGUAGAAAAAGUGAAGAUGAAAUUUAAAGUAGAAAUUAAGUUGAACCACAACACACUGUACAUGUAAUAUACAUUGACAGCGAAAAGUAAAAUUAUUGCUGGGACAGGGAUUGAAAAGUUAGGGAUAUACUUUCCAUUGCAGUCUGUGCCAUCACUUUGUACAUGAUACUAAGCUUACUGCUUGCUCCCAGAUUAAACAUUGUAUUGAAAUAUUUGUCAGAAGGGAGAGGGAAUGGAAGGAAAAUGUUAAAUAUUUUUUAAAAUUUUAUUUGUUAAGGUCAGGGAAACUUUAAGAAUAAUCAGGGAUUUUGUAUUCUGGUGUGUCUUGUUGCUAGUUACAUGUACAUGCACUCAUCUUAACCAUUCUUCCACAGGUGACUUAAGUAAAUUUGAACAGCUCAAACGUCAUUGGCAGAAACAGGUAAUUUAGACGUCAAAUACUACUACAAUUUCUAGAUAAAUGCUUUUUUGUCUGUUGUACAGUGUGUAGCAAUACACAUACCAAAAUACCAGAAUCGUUUUCAAGUGGAUUGAACAAUUGUUUUGUCAACCUAAAAUAUACCUGCUCCACUUUGCAUUAAAAUUUUUCAGUCGGUCCACUUGGACAAGCAUCAACUUUAAAUGCUCAUCAGCUCCUCAGCUAUCAUUGCAAACCUUGAAAGAAUUACACUGAACACUGAACAUUGUUAUUUUAACUUCUUAUCCUAUUUACAGCAAAGAUUCAUAAUUAUGAGUACAAUAAAACAAUAGAACAAUUAACAAACAGGUAAUUAAGAACAGAAGCUUAAAUAUUAAGUUAGGCAAGAAGUUUGAACUAUCCAAAAUGCUGUGAGGCUGAUGAAGUGGAUAGGCCAGACUAUUUACAAUUUCAAAAAGCUCAAAGAAAUAAUUCCUUUCAUUACGAUACAAAAGAUGGCUUCCUACAGUUUGAAGUUAUAUUAAUAUUGCAUAUUGUUGAGCAGACUGGCACUGUUGUAGUACUGAAAAUUACCAUAUUUUCUCUUCGACAGGCUGACUUAAACCGCAACUACAAGAGCCUGAGACAGAAGAUUAGUCUGCUCUGUUUGAUGGAGGUCUGUUAAUUUUUAUUCUGUUAUUAUUGUUGCUGUUCCUUUUGCAUUGAUACACAUACAUAGAAGAGAGGUGUCUGUUCAGAAACGAUGUUUUGCAGGGUUUCAAAGAGAAGCAAGAGCAUCUUCAAAUACCCUUGAAAUGACAUUUAUAUAUCAUCAAUUUUACUCUGUUUCUACCUGAUCACUGGUGACUGUAUCAAGUCAACGCUAUACAUUCUGGUUUUGUUGUUUCCCUUACAAAUGCCGAGCUAAAAUUGUUAGAACUGUCUCUCUUACAGCUUAACUCAUCAUUGAAUGUCUUUUUGCUUGCUUGUUUGUUUUUUUUGUUUUUCACAGUUGACGUUUAAAAGGCCAUCCAAUGACAGAAACCUGACAUUUGAAAUGAUAGCAAAAGAAGCCCAGCUGCCCCUUGAAGAGGUAAAAUAAUAGUCAAAUGUUUACAGGGCUGUCACUAAGAUUUAGGUUUCUUUAAUUAGGGACAAAAGUACAGCUGUAGAUGACACAUUUGUCUUAAACGUGCGCUUUUGUCAACGAUUUCAUUCAUUUAUCAUUUAAGUCAGCUUAAACGCUUAAUCCUUAUUGCACGCGUAUACUGCAGUCACCAAGCUUCACAGACUCGUUCAAGAGUUCUUCUAGUUUAAUAUAAGUUGUCUACUACACUUACAAAUUAUAAAUACAUCGUGCAGAUAAAUGUACAUAUACAUGUCAAUCAAUUCGUCAUAUUUUUUAUAUCUAUAUUGGCGUAAAACUUUCUUCCAUUUAUAGGAACAUAUGAUUUGUACAGUAUUGUGUAUGUUUGUUUGGCCUCUUUUAGCCCUGAUUUUAUUGUAACUUUCCUUUUUCCAACCCCAGGUUGAACUUCUUGUGAUGAAAGCUUUAUCACUUGGUUUAGUAAAAGGUAAAAAGUUGUGAUAAACAUACCAUGUACCUACAUAGAAUGUAUUCAAGGAGUAGCAGUAUAAAAAUAUAGUUUCAUUUUUUCACUUCGUAAAAAAGAUUUGAUCACGAUAUCACUCUUUGAAUUCUGAAAUAAGAUUAUAAGUGUGUACGUUUUCCACAGUAAUAUAAUUAUUUUGUAAUUUGUUAUACCCAACAAUUUACCUUCUCUUUUCUGAGGCCCGUUCACUUUACCUAAGAAAUCAAAACGCCCUUUUUAAAAGUCAAGGGACGUUAAUUUUGAAAACUUAAACUUUAUUUGAAAUAUUACAGAGAAACAAUUUGCCAAACAAAACGUGCGAUUUUUGAAAGCUAAAUUUCGGUUGAGAAUCAAAAUCUCUUUUGGAAAUAAAAAUUUUACCUAAGACAUCCAUAGCAAACACAAAACUUUAUUUGAAAAAUCGAAAAUGUCUGUUGAGAAUCAAAAUACAAUCUUUGAAAUCAAUAUUGUAUUUAUGAAAUCAAUAGGAAAACUUUAUUCGAGAGACUGGAAAUCUCAGUUAAGAAGCCAAAUCCCUUCUGGGACAUAAAAAAACAUGUUCAGUUACGAAAUGAAAAUCAGAAUUUUUGUGCGAAGUCCAACUCCAGUUUUGAAAAAUGAGAGCUUCCUUUAUGAAAUCAAGAGAUAUAUUUUAAAAAUGAAAACUUUAUUAGAGAAAUCGAAAGUUUUAGUUUUCACCAAAUCAGGCAGUGAAUAGCAAUUUUCGCGCGUUUUGAUUGGCUCCCGUAACUCGGAAUAUCCUUGGAUUUUCACUGUUUUGGAACCGGAUUGAAAAUGGCUUCUCGUUUUGCGACAGUUCCGAAAGAUGAAAUUUUAGCGGUAAAUGAAGCAGCUGCGCCAACAGAUACCAAUAAGAGACAAAAUUUGGCUUCUUGGUGUUUACUGGUCGGUAGGAGAAAAAUUUGACUGAAUUUGCAACAGUCAUGAAAAAAUGAUCCCGGAACCUUGUCAAUUGAGACGUAAACAAACUGUUACAAAGUGACCUCUUUUAUUAAGAAAAAAGUUCCUUUCUGAUUUUUAUCUAACUGAUUUGGAAAAUACUAAGACCUCGAUCUCCCUCAGGGUCGGUUCAUAGCGCCAAUAUAUCCACCACUAUUCACCUCCCCUUUGGGGGAUAGUUGUAUAUUAUUCAUCUCCCCUUCAGGGGAUAGUUGUAUACUAUUCACCUCCCCUUCGCGGGAUAGUUGUAUACUCUUCACCUCCCCUUCCGGGGAUAGUUGUAUAUUAUUCACCUCCCCUUCCGGGGACAGUUGUAUAUUAUUCACCUACCUUCCCUCCGGGGGAUAGUUGUAUAUUAUUCACCUCCCCUUUGGGGGAUAGUUUUAUACUAUUCACAUUUACAGAUGUGUAAUUUGUCCUCAGGCUCCAUUGAUGAAGUGGAGCAGAUGGUUCACAUGACUUGGGUUCAACCAAGAGUAUUGGACUUGACCCAGGUAAAUAUUGUCACAUUACACUUUAAUCAGACUCACUGGUGCAUUUAUGAAAAAUAACUGGACUUCUUUAUUUUCAGUGAUCUCUAUCGCGAUAGCUGACCUUCCUCAGUUCUGCAAAGAAAUUGUUGCGGUUUGGUGGGGGAAAUAUUGUCUAAAUGGUUCGCCUCUUACCUCCCUUUUACCAAAUACAAUGUAUAUCCCUGGGGGAAGGGGUGUGGCAAGAUUAUAAUGUACCCGUCUCAAGAGAGGGGAAAUGAAAAUCGCGGCUUUUAGCUUAUAAGUAUGCGUAUCCAUUGAAGUAGGUAGCCCAUUUCUUAUGACUUUCAUAUGCUAAGAGUGGAUUUCAAAAACAGAGGCGCUGUUCGAGAAAUGAGCCCGCGCCUUUGCGGCGGAAAUCAAGCGCACUUUGAAAAAGAGGAUAAGCCACAGCCUGUCGCAGCAGCGAAUUCGUGCGUUUUGAAGCGUUCUUCUUUCUGGUAACCAAAUGCGUCAUUAUUCAAAAGAAGGUGAGAAAGGGUUAUGGACUGAAUAAGUAGGUGUUCAUACUGUUCUUGGUCUGUCUGUUAUCUGUAGAUUGGCCAUAUGAGAGACCGUUUGUCAGAGUGGUGUGAGAAAGUCAAGACCCAAGUCUAUUCUGUUGAAGACCAAGGUCCUGAGCUGCUCGUGUAA